AUGAAUUUUGCGUUUGUUGUGAAGUUUGUGUUUGAUUUGUUUUUAAAUUUUAAAUGAAACACAUAAAUUGUGAUUUGAAAACGAAUACUUGAUGACUUUUAAUAAAUAUUUAUCUUACUAUAAAAGUUUAAAGUUACUUAAAUAAAAUGCCAAAGCCUGUAUGUGUGAAAUGCAGCACCAACGAUUCUCUCCUCUGGCGGAGCGCCGAAAAUGGGCAGAUCUGCAACGACUGCCACCUCGCCAACGCUGCUAAAGACAACAGAUUCGAGAUAGAAAUCAAAGUAGAAAGCGAGGAAAUAAAAGAAACAGAUUCUAAAAAUGGUAAAGAUGACUCUACCCCUGCGAAAGCUACUGGAAAGGGGACGCGAAAAAGUACUCGUUCGACGAGGUACAAGCCGAAGACGCCGGCCCCAGCGCCUCCCAAGCCGCCCGCGCUGCGAGGACGAGGUAGACGCAGCCUGUUCAAAAGACCUCCUGUCAAGGCGCCCAUAUCCACACCAACAGUGGUUACAAGUGAUUCAGUGUUCUAUAAGGGCAACUACUUACAAGUAGGCGACAUAGUUUCAAUGGUGGAUGUAGAUGGCGGGCUGUACUAUGCUCAGAUCCGUGGCUUUAUGACGGACCAGUACUGCGAGAAGAGUGCUGUCGUCACAUGGCUGCUCCCUACCAAGGCCAGCCCCCCGCCUGACAAAGGAUUUGAUCCUGCUACAUAUAUUAUUGGACCAGAAGAAGAACUCGCCCGCAAGCUGGAAGUGAUGGAGUUUGUGAUGCACGCGCCGUCAGACUACUACAAAGCCAGCAACUGCCCGUACCCCCUCAUCGACACCGAGGUUAACAGCUACAGCGGGUACAUCUGGACGUCUCUUUAUGAUGACUAGCAGUGGUUGGGGAAUAAAAUUUUCAAGUAUU